AUGUUAGCUUUCAAACAGAUAUUCCUAAGCGCUGUCUUCCUAUUCUCUCUCAUAACCUUAAGCCUCAGUCAAGAGGAAAAGGAAGAGGAAGAGAAGAAGGAAUAUGAUCCUACCGAGAACCGUCGUCCCGAAAACGUCACCGGGCUCGGUGACUUUUACAGCUGGGUCGGAUCAUACUAUAAUGCUACGGUAGAGGCCGAGUUUGUAGUCGACUUUACUCCUUAUGUCGAGCCCCAUAAGCAAUGCGAGGAGGUCAGGAACUUCUCUACUACCAUUAAAUACGAUGCCAUCCUUAGCGUUCUAGAACAUCGGAAGGAGAACCCUGGAAAUAAUUCACUAGAAUUCUGGCUUACUCUUAUGCCGCAAGCCUCUGGGCCUACCAAUGUCUCUGACUUCGGAGCAUGGUGGAUGCGCGAUGGACAAAAUCGCUCUUACGUUUUCUCGGCUCAGCCACUUGAUGCUCCUUACUAUAGACUUCACACUGGCCCUGACUACUUCAACUUUACAACUACCCAGGUCACAGGAGGAGCUUACAAUUUUACCGAAACAGUGGCAGGGCUAGAUGCCGCAACCUGGCAGAAUAUGAAGGUACCGGUCUGCAAUUCUACCGAGUACAAGGAUGAGUGGAGAGUUACGAUCUUGGACCAGGGAUACUACUUUACACAAGACGAGGGUCUUUGGACUGGGUCGGUCGAGUAUGACUAUCCCAAGACCAGCUUACAGUUUGACAACAAGACAGCCAAUAUGACCUUCGCUGCCUUUUGGGUUGCAUAUGCGAUCAAGCAACCGAAUUAUCACGAGGUUGUGGAUAAUCCGUCACUACCUACAUGGAGGCAUAGUAGCGUGAUUGGUCGCGUCUCCUUUAACUUCUCUGGUGUUCUCGAUGAAUAUCAUUCUGACGUUCUGAGUCUCGAAAACUCUUCACCUGUGUGGCAGCGUACAGUUGGGUUCGGAAACAAUCCUGCCAAUAUUGGCUACGGUGAUACUCCAGACAACGGGGCAGAUAGGACAAUUGGUGGGAUUGGCUUAGCUUUGAUGGCUGUCAUUGUAUCAAUUGGAAUAGUCCUAUAG